GUGUUGGAACAGUUAGUACAAAUUUAUUAAAAACAAUAACAAUGACUUUGUUGAAAAUCUGCGCUUUGUUACUUGUUCUGUCAGUGGCCUUACAUGAAAGCACCGGCAGGACCGUUUGCGGUCCCGCACUGGAUGCGGUGCUCAGCACUAUUUGCGUGAAUGGCUUCAAUACAAAAUUCAAGAAAUCAAUGGAAUGGGAUGAUCUGGGCAGCAAUGCUUUAGAAGAUGAGCUAGUCUUUCCUUACGCCAGGUUUCCGUUUCUGUCCGAGAUCCACGGCGGGCAGGUCAAUACGCUGGCAAAAACUCGCCGCCACAGAGACACGGUCUUAACCGGUGUUUAUGAUGAAUGCUGCAACAAGGGCUGCACCUACAAUGAAAUUUUCUCUUACUGCAACAGAUUAAAGGCUCAGGAUUGA